AGUUGGUGCGUAAUUUAUGUUGUCGAAAUUUGUCUCUUCCGGUUGUACGAAACGGCAAUAAACUUGAAAAAAUGGAAAGAGUUCAGUCAUUUUUAGCCGGAAAUCCAUUUAAUAACCCUAUUGGUCAAAGAAUUGAAAAAGCUACAGAUCCAACCAUAUCAAGUGAGAAUUGGGCUUUAAAUAUGGAAAUAUGUGAUUACAUUAAUGGUACUGAAGAAGGCGGAAAGGAUGCCAUAAAGGCUAUUAGAAAGAGAUUUCAAUCCCAGAGUAAAAACAGCAAAUGUAUGAUAUACACUUUAGUAGUUUUGGAAACAUGCGUUAAAAAUUGUGGACGCCGUUUCCAUAUUCAUGUUGCAAAUAAGGACUUUCUGCAGGACAUGCACAAAAUAUGCCAACCAAAGAAUGAUCCUUCUUUGGAGGUACAAGAAAAAGUUUACCAAUUAAUUCAAAAUUGGUCGGAGGCAUUUACUGGCGAACCUGAAUUGAAAGAAGUUGAAAAACUGUAUAGGGAUUUAAAAUCAAAGGGAAUGGAUUUUCCCAUAUCAGAAACGGAUAUGACGAAACAAGCUCAUAACAUCGAAGCUAGGCCUGCCUCCCAAAGAAUGCCUGUAGCAAAUCAUCCUCCUCCACCAUCAUCUAUGAACCGUGCUCCUGGAGCUGUUCAAGAUCUUAAGGCUAAAAUUAAAAAGGAUUUGGACAGCGUUAAACACCAUAUCACAAUAUUCAAUGAACUUUUAACCGGAAUCCAACCCGGUCAAGGUACUGAGGAUGAUAAAAAACUGAUGGAGGACUUGAAUGCUACCUGUCAUCAAAUGCAAGAGAGAAUCGUUGAACUACUUAAUCAAAUAUCGGCUGAGGAAAUAACCGUAGAUUUGCUACAUUUGAACGAUGAAUUAAAUAAUUUAUUCAUGAGAUAUGAUAGAUAUCAAAGAAUGGCAGUUAGUUCAUCAUCAUCAGCGUCACAACCAAGCACAGGACAGGCACUUCCUCCAGUUGUUGGGGAUGGAGCAGCAAAAACCAAUCAAACGACCGACUUACUGAUUGAUUUAGGUGACGAUAAUACUAAUACUACGAAUCCACCCAAUUUGAAUACGCAGUUUGUCGGGUUAUCCGUUGGUGGGAGUAACAAGAAACCAGAAACUGAUGAAUUUGAUUUGCUAGCUCAGUCUAGACAAGGCCCACCGCCUGCUGGAGCUAUGGGUGUGGCAUUAACGGCAGAAAAACCAGACUUAAUUGACACUGAGCAAGAUCUUGAAGAGAUGGAAAAAUGGAUGGAAAAUAAUGGGGGAGGUAAUCAGGCGGCUACAAGUUUAGAAUUUGACCAGUUCCUAGCCGCUAAGGCAGGAGGUACUGUUCCGGGUAUUCCGGCAGCAGUAGGUUCUCGACCUGUUGAACGCCAAAUAAAGAAGGAUGAAGAUGAUAAAAUGUUUGCUUUGUGA